ACUUGCCAGGGGUGUUGGUCCCCCAUUACUAGUAAAGUAUAUGAAAGGAGUACAGUUUGCCUCUUCCAGAGUACAUGAGGCUAAGUUCUGGUGUCAAACGCCAUGGUGCCAAAGACAAUUUCCUGGGCAAAUUUCAUGCAAAAUUCUGUUUUACAUCUGCUUGGAAAUCAAAGAGGGCUGACCUACAGUCUUGCUCCCACCUCCUGGGUCGGUGACCUGUGGUAACCUUGCACGUCACGUGAAAGCAAAAUGGCGGCAUCCAGGCAGGCAAGGAGAGUGUACACCUGUUGGUCAAGGUUUUCCUUCGCCUUCUUCGUCUUGACAUCACUGGUUGUCGGAAACGACUCCUUCAGUAGACAGGUGUCCAUGCACUAUAACCCAGGAUGCAACAUCACAGAGUGCCAGUCCUCGUCGAAUGACAACAACUCCCACAGUAACCUCGUCCACGUUCUGGCCAGGGGCAACAGAGACUCAAUCCACUACGUCUGGAGCACGAUAGGAGCGCCCACUGUACUUAUGGUUCACACCACGUCUAAGGAGUCCAAGCUGACAGUAGACUGGGAAAAACUGUUGAGGACAACAAAAGGUGGCAUCAGUGGAGCGAUAACAGUUGAACCCAGCAACGCAGUGGACUUCUCCAUGGCUGUGAUAUUUAACAAGAUUUGGGAAUAUGAAGACCUCCAUGACAAGUCCGAGCUCCCAGAAGACAACACGGGAAUGUUUGAAGCAUACGACCUGGCCCAGAUGAGGUGGGACGACUUUAACGUCACCAUGAACGCUACAAGCCUCACGGGCAACUUCACAGGAACUACGACACAGUCCGACAUGGAGUCCCUGUUCCAGAAUGGCAGCAUUUCAUUUAAGAUCCAUGCCUUCAGCACAGACGACCGAUCAGCAGACCUUCCCCACCUUCAGUACACGUCAAACCAGACUCAGUUUGACUUCACCAUAGACUCUGUGGAACCCCGUGGCAAUAUGUCCCGUUACGCCAUGGAACUCACGUUCAUUACGGAGGAUAAGAAAGGCAUGCACGUUGACUUGAAAAAACUGCAGUCUAUAGAUGAUGAGUAUACUCCUGGUGUGUUUCAGUUGUUUGAACUGACCACAAUGCACAGUGACCAGACAGAGAGCUAUGUCCAGUGGAAACCUGUCUGCUACACAAAACACACCAGGACAAUGGGAGUUGCCACACCCACAAAAACGUACAAUCUUAAGGACCUCGAUACCAAAGGAAUACCAGCUGACACAAUUGCAAGAGCAUACUUCACUAACAUGGACAGCUUACAGAGAAAAGCAUUGAACAUAUCCUUUGGUCUAACUGGUGAUGGGUCCUAUGUUGCUACCAAUUUUACAAGUUGGACUGCAUCUGUGGGGUAUGGCGCGCCUCCAUCUGAAAAGCUGUCCCUCCUGAUUAUCGUAGUGAUUUCGACAGGACUGGGCAUCCCCGUGGCCAUCAUCAUGUUUGGAGGACUGUUCAUGUGCUGCAGGCGGAAGGAUAGCGAAAAAGGCGAAAAGGAAAAAGACGAGUACACCAGGGUAAACGGCAGUGAAACAGAUGUCAUUAAUUAGGAUCCACCUAAUGCAAAGUAUUGGUGACGUGGACACAAAUUUCCAAUCAUGCCAUUCUCACUGCUAAAACUUUAAAACAAUAGUGUUAGAUAGAUAAUGCCAAAGCAGAGUUGCUCUGAAUGUAACAGGAAUAAAGGCAAUUUGCAAAAGGAUUUGCUGCAAGGUUGGUGUCAAGUCUGCACUUUAUGGGUAGACCUCCUCUGUAUUUGCAAGCCCUGUUAUUUUCUCCAUGCUGCAUCUUUGAGGUCUUGUAUUGCGUAUUUUGUUGCAGAAGAGCUGGUAACUUUUGCAAUAUUUCAUGAGGCUAGGCUUUGUGGUGUCAACGGUCUAGAAGGUAGGCUAGUGGACACGGGAUUGCAAGGUCACAGAAAUUGAUUCCUGGCUAGAUGUUGUGCCCUUGGGAAAGGCACCUUGUACGACUUCCCUUGCUCCGACCAGGUGUAAAUGGGUACUUGUCUUUGGUUGGGGAGAAAAAAAUAAAGACAUGGAGGUGGUGGAAGGAGAGGGAUUGGCUCUGCUCUCCAGUACAGCCUGUACCAGGAUACCAGACUUCAUUUACCUGGCUUGAAAUUGAAUGGCCUGCAUUUGGAAUCUGAUGUGAAAUUGAUUUACAUGUACUAUCAUACCACAUGCCAUGGUAUUGCAUAUAGAAUAUGUACAUUUUCUUGAUCACUGUAGCUUUCAUAUUGCAUUAAGAGUAUUUCUCAAGUUGUAUUAAAGAUAUCUUCAUGUUCUGUCUGUAUAAUUUGGCCUUGUGCACAGUAAUGCCUUUGUUACAGCAAGGAGGUUCUAUUCA